CAGGGGAUGAACAAUCAGUAUGUCCGCCGGGAGGUCUUCUGCCGGAACACCUGUCACGAGCUCAAACACUUCUGGGAAAGGGAGAUCGGCAAACAGACCUUCUACCGAGAGUCGGAGGAGCGGCGCCUGGGGAGAAGUGCACUGAGAAAGCUCAGAGAAGAAUGGAAGCAGAGACUGGAAACCAAGCUGAGGCUGAGGAACAAUCCAGAUGAGACUGAAAAGCAGGCAAAUGUUGGCCAAGAGCUUCUGGCUUCCUUGACGCAAGAGGACACGGAGCACUGAGGCCGCUCUGCUGGGAGAGUCGUGCCCGUGGCUGAGUCCCUUCGCUAUGCCCACCAGAUCUCACCCCACUGUCACCCCGAACCUGUGAGGGGCUUACUGCAGACCCUUCCCAGCGCUCAAUGGAGUCAUCAGCCAUGUCAGGCCUCUCUGCAGGUGUCUACAG